ACCGUAUAAAAGCGCACGUGGAAGCAGUCCACACACACACACACUCACACACACCAACCAUCAACCAUCAUCAGCGAUCAGCGCGCGCCACUUGUUCAAGGACUUCGGCUGCAAUUAGAGCUCAAUUAGAGCCUUGAUCUCAAACCUCCAGCUCCAUCUCAACACCAGAAAUGAGUGUCAUGUUGAAGUCCUGGACCGUCGUCUUCGCCCUGUUCCUGUGCGUCCUCCUGUAUCUCAUCACCGUGGUGGACGCCUAUCCGUCCAAACCGGAGAACCCCGGAGAGGACGCGGCGCCCGAGGAGCUCGCCAAAUACUACACGGCUCUCAGACAUUACAUCAACCUGAUCACCCGGCAAAGGUAUGGAAAGAGGUCGACUCAGGAGGGAAGUCUGGCAGACCUGCUGUUCGGAGACAGCAAUGAGCAUAACCAGCGAUCAAGGUACGACGAGUCGUACAUGUGGUGAUGCUCGCUGCCGCCCCCUUGUCAGUCCCCUGGACGCCGUCCGGCCUUCGUUCUUCUUCCUCUUCUUCUUCUUCUUCUUCUUCUUCUUCUUCCUCCUCGUCCACGUUUCUCUCCAUCAGCAUAUCAAACUGUACAUAAUUUAUUACUAGCCAGAGAAACCGUGUCUCUGGAAACGUCACUGUGUCUUACGGAGGAUUCUGUUUGUACAUAUUAAUGACUGUGAUUAAAGGUUCACAUCAAGAUA